ACGACGUCAACAAAUCGCGAAUUUUAAUUUUCCUGUGAGAUUUUUGGCUAAAAAACAAGAGAAAUCAUGGGACGACAAGUGAUUGCAGACGUUUCUCUUGAAACUUACCUCAAAAGUCUUUGCAAAAUGCAGGAAAUUAUCACGGGACUCAUCAUUGGACAGCCUUCAAAGACUUCCAAAGACAACGUCGUGCAUUUCGCUCGAACACCCACAGAAGGGACCAAAAUCGAUUCCUUAUCCCAAGUAGAUGUCUCGGCAUUCGCAAAUCACGUAGCGGACACUCUGAAAAUGCUGCCCGGUGGAAUGUUUAUUCUCGGUGUCUUCGUCGUUGGACCCAAAGAUGUCUUUUCCGACAACGCUGGCGUUCAGAAGUUAAAGUCGUUGAUCGUGAAUUUGCAGCACACUAUUAAAGGCAACAAAGUGUUACUUGGUGACUCGGAUUCCUUCGAUGACGGCGAAAAACUCGUUUUGUGGUACUCAUCCAGCAAUAAUUCCUUCGCUUGUAAGAAUUUCUCGGGAGAUUCGACAAAAGGAGCCCAAUUAAAAGGUGUCGACUUCAAAUUUCAACCGAAAUUGGCUCAGAAUUGGGUGACUUUCGAGACUUUUUAUAAAUUAAACGAACAUUUGGCUAUCGAAGAUGUCGAAAACGCGAGUAACGAGGACGUUUUAAUGUUGCCGUUGAAAUAUUUGAGCGGCGCUUUGGACAAAAGUAAAGUUUUCUUCAACGGAGCGCCGUACGACGCCUCAGAAACGGUCGAAAAAGUGACGAACGACAGUCGAACUGUCCAAGCUCAGGUUUUUAAAAUUUGUGACCCAGUGGAAACGGAGAAUUUAGAGUCAAAAUCCGUGGAAAAAGCCGAUCACACGAUAAUGGCUCAGGGAUUCCUCUCGAGUCGAACAUUCCUGCCACUGAAGGCGACACUCGCGGAAGCCGAAGCCUUCAUCAAGCAAGAUAUUUUACGGACACUCGCAGCUCGCAUUCAAAUCCUGGCCGAUUCACUUGUCGACACGAAAGUUACGGUCGGCGAGGUUGUCAUCAAUGAGCCGCCACGUCGCAUUUACUUCCCAAUCGCAGCGAAAGAUUCCCUUCUCUUUUCCGACUAUUUAUUCCCGAACGAGACGAUCGACACAAUUUCGCAGCAAAUUAAGCAGAAUCUUGAUGUUACGUUGAAACCGGACCAGAUUCAGCUGAAUGUCGAAGUUGUGUGUGAUAACCAGACGUCGCAGAAGGAGCACAAAUCGAAGGACGACAAGUCGGCAAAGGGACACCAACAAGCAGCGAGCGGGAAAAUUUAUUUUAUCAUGAUAAUCGUGGCGGUUCUCGUACUGAUUUUGUCAAUUAUUGCGCAUUUUUAUCUUAAUUAACGUUGAUUUUUUAUUUGAAAGUGAAGAAAAAAGAGAAAAAACAGGUUUAUGUUAAAUGUUGCUUUGUUGAAAUAAAUGUUUUAUAAUGAAAAUUAA